AUGAAGAGCGAGUCUUAUCUUACUUUGAUAAUCCCUUUGGGUUCCCUGCUUGUGCAUCUCCUCCUCCGUCUCUCCCCUCCCUCUCCUCCUCCGUCUCUCCCCUCCCUCUCCUCCUCUUUCCCAGUGGACGUGCUAGCAUUGAUCCGGGACUCCCAUCUCACUAAGUUGCUCUCUCUCUCUCUGCCUUUCGUCCCCCCUAUGGGUACGUUGCAUGUACAUCACUCCCCCCCUUUCCUUUCUUCCCUUCCCCCCUCUCUUACCCUGUCACUUUCCCUCCCCAUCUCCCCUUCCCUCCCCCCUAGUGGACGUGCUAGCAUGGAUCCGGGACUCCCAUCUCACGCUGCUCAUCGCACUCAUCUAUGCCUCUACUCCUCCCGAGCCUAUCGCAAGGCCCUCGUCCCAACGUCCCUCAAGCCCAGGCCCUCGUCCCAACGUCCCUCAAGCCCAGCACAGCUUUCGCCCUCCUGCAACUGGCAAACAUCCGCGCUUGCACCUUACAACCUCUUCCUCUCCUCUCUUCAUCCUCUCUUCAUCCUCUCUUCAUCCUCUCUUCAUCCUCUCUUCAUCCUCUCUUCAUCCUCUCUCCUCUCUCUUUCCCUCUCUUUUCCCCUUCGCAGCACCGCCUUCGCCCUCCUGCAACUGGCGGACAUCCGCCCAGGCGACAUCGUGCUCGACCCCAUGUGUGGCUGUGGGACUCUCCCUCUGGAGGCUGCUGAUUGGUUGAAAAGUUGCGUCAGUGCAUUUGGGGGGGAUAAAGAUGCAGGGGCUGUAGAUGCUGCUGCAACCAAUAGCAUCGCUUGGAGGACCGCUUUAGCCAAUAGCAAAGCCUUGGGAAUUGCUGCGGCGAACGGGAGCGCCUUGAGAAUCUCUGCGGCCAAUCAGGGCAAAGAGGAAGCCGCUGUAGCGAAUGGGGAUGCAGCAAGGAGGAGCCAAAAGGGCCACGUGGCAGGCUGUGAUUGGCUGGUCUGGGAUGCCUCUGCCCUGCCUCUGCGAACCGGCUGUGUGGAUCGGGUGCUCUGUGACAUGCCCUUCGGGGUGCGGUGUGGUGAGUGGUUCGAAGUGGUGAAGAGUGGUGACAAGCGUGCGGGAGGGAAGGGAAGGGGGGGUGAGGGGAAGGGGGAGGAGGUGAAGGAAGAGGAGGACGGGAAAGAUGGGGUUGCACGUGUACUGACCCCAGGCACUGGUACGUAUGCAUCCUGCUGCAACCCCCAUUUCCUCAAUUGCUCCAACGCCCGCACCCGCAUGUGCCAGUCCCACCCAACCCAUGCUCUCAUCACGCACACGUGUGCUGACCCCAGGCACUGGACUGGCAGUGCUGAUGGCGGUGGGCAGGGGCGGACUGGCAGUGCUGAUGGCGGUGGGGAGGGGCGACUGGCAGUGCUGAUGGCGGUGGGGAGGGGUGUGAGGGCAGCUGUUGAAGGCCUGUCUGUGUGUCUGCGGGAGAAGCAACGACUGGCUGUGGAAAUGGAGCCCGAUUCCUCUCUUGCUUUCUCGUCUGCACUAAUUCAUGGCGCCAUCAGCACCAGAAAGGGCGGGCUGUCGGGAAUCGAACCCAUCGCAAGCGCCGCCGAAUCUCCUCUUGUCUCACCGAACACAUCGCUCUCGUUCGACGCGAUCCGCAUCGUCUCCCCCCCAACUGUGCCAAUCUUCCCCCCUCUCUCCCUCCUGUUCUCUCUUUCCCUGCCUCACCCUGCCUGUCAAUCCGGUUCCUCCUCCACACCCUGCCCCUGCAGCUUCAACGUGUAUGUGUGUGCUGCGGCAGAGCACUGUCACGUACUGGUGUCCCAAGCUGAGGAGAGGAGAGAAGCCAAAGGCAGUGAUGAUAACACGGCUGCUACUGACUUAGUAUUUGAAGUAGAGGUUUCUAGUAAUUAA